UGCAACAACAUCCUCCCUCUCCGUCGCGCCUCCCACUCCCUCCUCCUCCGACACCGGCGGACGGACCAACCUGCGGCCGCUUCUUUGCAGCCAGGCUUCCCCAGCGGUUCCACGCGAGCUGCGUAAUGCGCGCUCGUCAGGCGCAGCAAACCAAUCGCACGUCUGCGCUGGCGAACCGGGAGAGCGAGAGACGCCGCACGGAGCGAGAGAGGGAGAGGCAGCCAGUCAAAACAGACGGGAUGAGACAGGCGCACACGGACUCGUUCCUCCGGUAAACAAGACAUCAGCGGCGGAGCGCGGAGGGACGCAGCCAUGGCGACGGGAGGCGGAGGCGCGAGGCGGCGGAGGAAAGCGGGGCUCCCGCGCGCCUGCUGGAAAACCUGCUGCUUCCCCAUUCUGCUGUGGGUGGUGUCGGUGUGCGGGGAGGAGAAGACGCUCAUCGUGGAGACGUGGCUGAAGAGCUACGGUUACCUGCUGCCUCACGACGUCCGCACGUCCGACCUGCGGCAGGAGAAGGCCAUGCAGUCGGCCGUGGCCGCCAUGCAGCGCUUCUACGGCAUCCCGGUCACCGGAGUCCUGGACGAGACCACCAUAGAGUGGAUGAGGAGGCCUCGCUGCGGCGUCCCCGACCAUCCUCACACCAGCCGCCGGCAGAGGAACAAGCGCUACGCCCUGACGGGGCAGAAGUGGAGGGACAAGAAGAUCUCCUACAGCAUCUCCAACUUCACCCCCAAAGUGGGAGAGAAGGACACGCAGCGAGCGAUCCGGCAGGCCUUCAACGUGUGGCAGACGGUGACGCCGCUCUCCUUCCAGGAGGUGCCGUACUCCGAGAUCAAGAACGAGGGUAAGGAGGCCGACAUCAUGAUCUUCUUCGCCUCUGGUUUCCAUGGCGACAGCUCGCCCUUCGACGGAGAGGGGGGCUUCCUGGCCCACGCCUACUUCCCCGGCGCCGGCAUCGGAGGCGACACCCACUUUGACUCUGACGAGCCGUGGACGCUGGGCAACGCCAACCACGACGGUAACGACCUGUUCCUGGUGGCGGUGCACGAGCUGGGCCACGCUCUGGGUCUGGAGCACUCCAACGACCCCAGCGCCAUCAUGGCUCCGUUCUACCAGUACAUGGACACGCACAACUUCAAGCUGCCUCUGGACGACCUGCAGGGCAUCCAGAAGAUCUACGGUCUCCCCACCGCCAUGCUGGAGCCCACCCGGCCGCUGCCCACCCUCCCGUCCAGACGGACCCACUCCACCUCCGAGCGCAAGCACGAGCGCGGCUCGCGGCCCCCGCGGCCGCCCGGCGACCGGCCCGCGUUGCCCGGCAACGGGAAACCCAACAUCUGCGACGGCAACUUCAACACGGUGGCCUUCUUCAGACGCGAGAUGUUUGUGUUCAAGGACCGCUGGUUCUGGCGUCUGAGGAACAACAAGGUGCAGGAGGGAUAUCCCAUGCAGAUUGACCAGUUCUGGAAAGGCCUGCCUCCGCGCAUCGACGCCGCCUACGAGAGGUCCGACGGCAGAUUCGUCUUCUUCAAAGGCGAUAAGUACUGGGUGUUCAAGGAGGUGACGGCCGAGCCAGGCUACCCUCACGGCCUCGUGGAGCUCGGCAGCUGCCUCCCCAAAGACGGCAUCGACACGGCGCUGCGCUGGGAGCCGGUGGGCAAGACUUACUUCUUCAAAGGAGACCAGUACUGGCGCUACAACGAGGAGAAACGCACGGCCGACCCUGGAUACCCCAAACCCAUCGCCGUGUGGAAGGGGGUCCCGGAUGCACCGCAGGGGGCCUUCAUCAGCCGGGAGGGAUACUACACCUACUUUUACAAGGGGAAGGACUACUGGAAGUUUGACAACCAGAAGCUGACGGUGGAGCCUGGGUAUCCAAAGUCCAUCCUGCACGACUGGAUGGGCUGCCACCAGUCGGACAUGGAGAACUCCGGAGGCAACGGUAACCGUGGAGACCACACGCUGCCCCUCGACGACGUGGACAUCAUGGUGACCAUCAACGAUGCGCCGACGACGGUCAAUGCCAUUGCCGUGGUGAUCCCCUGCAUCCUGUCGCUGUGCAUCCUGGUGCUGGUCUACACCAUCUUUCAGUUUAAGAACAAAGGCGUGCAGCAGAACACCAUGACACAACACUACUACAAGUACCCAGUGCAGGAGUGGGUAUGACACCAGGUCCUGGAAUCCUCCAUGGGGUUGAACCCAGACGGACUGGCACUCACUUUUCACCCCAGCACAGUUUGAACAGGAGAGUCACCGACUUUGCAAAGACACAAACAGACUCCAGCGGUUGGUUCCCGCGCCGGCUUGUACACAUGAACCUUAUCAAAUGGGUUAAAUGAUCAAACUUGAAGACAAACUGUAGGUAGUAAGGCCAUAAAAACUACAAGUGAACCUCUGUCUGCUUGUGUUGAAGUGAUAAAGUCACAGGAGCGUUUGUAUCAUCCUCAGCUCAGACUAAACCUUGAAUCUGCCUCCGAGUGUUAGAGAACAGAGCAGCUAAUCAUCAGCAUAGUGACAGACGAAGACUUGAUGUUGCUCACAAACAGGCUUGUGUUUAGCAACUUUACACUUGAAAUGAAUUUAAAUAUUUCAUUUCUACUUCUUCUUGCGUAAUAAUGGAAACUUCAACUCCAGCGUUUUUCGAGUUGACUUUUAGAGACGAAGCGUCUGGUGAAGAAACGACCAGUCUGACUGUGUGCUUUGCUAUUUCUUAUUUCUUUCCUGUUUAUACAUUUGAAGUUGGAUUACUGUGGAUUUCACAUUAAUAAUAAUGUAAUAAUCACAUAUCACGAGUCGGAGGAGCAGGAUGUUGGCGGCAUUAGUCGCACACACAGUCGGUCGUGUGUUGACACUUUGACACUGACAUUCAUUUCUUUACGAGCUGCUGAUUGCAGUAUUUCUUCCGUCCUGAGCAGCGUCUUCUCCGUGAAACGAUCCAGGUGUUUGCUCCCAUCAGGUGAAAGGAGCCCACAGAACGAGACCAGACGGGUUCCAGUUGAGCCUUUACACAGAGUUGAGAAGGAGGAUCAGAAGCUCGACGUUGAGUUUCUAUGUUUACGCUUGUCGGGAGUGAAGAACUGAAGGCUGAGGUGACAGAGGGCGGUGGAAGACUGAGCUUAACGAAGGCCACUCACGUCCAGGUGACUCCACCGUCUCCAUCUGCCGCUCGUCUCCUUCACCUUCUUCUGUCCAUCUGUGCUUUAUGCUUUGUAAUCUGUACGGGCUUCACUUUAGAGCUGAGCUGAUUCACGGUUUAACUUCUGGUUCUGUGGAGCCUGUUCCUUGUCUCGAUUUGUCCAACAUUUACUUUUAUGUGUCGUAAUCAGUGGAUGUUUAGUUUCGGUGGGACGUUCAGGCUCGGUGGGACGUUCAGACUCAGACAUUCAGGCUCGGUGGGACGUUCAGGCUCGGUGGGACCUUUAGGCUUGGUGGGACGUUUAGGUUCGGUGGGACAUUCAGGCUCAGACAUUCAGGCUCGGUGGGACGUUCAGGCUCGGUGGGACCUUUAGGCUUGGUGGGACGUUUAGGUUCUGUGGGACAUUCGGGCUUGGUGGGACAUUAAGGCUCGGUGGGACGUUCAGGCUCGGUGAGACAUUCAGGCUCGGUGGGACGUUUAGGUUUGUGGGAUCUUUAAGCUUGGUGGGACGUUUAGGUUCGGUGGGACGGUCAGGCUCCGACAUUCAGGCUCGGUGGGACCUUUAGGCUUGAUGGGACGUUUAGGUUCAGUGGGACGUUCAGGCUUAGUGGGACGUUUUAGCUCGGUGGGAUGUUCAGACUCAGAGGUUUAGGCUAGGUGGAACGUUCAGGCUUGGUGAGACAUUCAGGCUCGGUGGGACAUUCAGAUUUAAACAUUAAGGCUCGGUUUAGCUCGGUGGAACAUUCGGGCCCGGACAUUUAGGCUUAGCGGGACCUUUUAGCUCGGUGGGAUGUUCAGACUCAGACGUUAAGGCUCUGUGAGAUGUUCAGGCUCUGUGGGACAUUUGGCUUAUCAACUUAUUAUUAAGCGAUCGACUUAUUAAGUCCUGAAUAUGAAGAUUAAUAACAUGUACAUAAUAUAAGCAGUUUAGUUUGUAGUUGUCGUUUUCUUCCUGAUGCAGCAGAUCAUUAAUUCCUGAUCAGCUUCACGUGCUCAGUUCAUACGUAGCUGAUCGUUUCAUGUAUUUAUUGGUAUUUCACUGUAAACUCACAUCUCUGCUCCUAAUGAAUACAAAAAGCAGUUUAAUGCCCUUAUACAGAACAGCUCCUGUUCUCCGCUUGCAGCAGCUUCAUGUUUUCUCCACUAUUUACUUAUUUAAAGUAUUUCUUUUCUUUUCCUCUUCUUUCACAUUAGAUUAACAGAACUUUUCACCGUUUUUUAAGCUGCUGAUUUGUUUUGGAGAAUAGAACAAAACCCUGAGGAAAGACUUCCUCAGUUUACAGAAGAUGAGUUGCUGAUGGAUCAGACGGCAGCUGUUAUUUCUGCUGCAUAUUCAUUUUUAUCGUCAAUAAAUCCAAACUUUUUUGUUGCUUUAAGGAACAAAGUUCAAUCUUCAGGACACAAUAUUUUAGUACCUUUAAUUUCUAAGGCUCCUCAACACAAAGGUUUGUGUUUUUAAUGUGUUCUGGUCAGAUCUGUGAACUACCAGAACCGGUUCUGAUCUGAUCACGUGUUCAUCCCCACGCCUCCAGUUCAUCUUCCAGCCUGUGGAGCUGCUGAGCUGCUGCUCUGCUGCUGUUCGGGGUUAAGUGCCUUGCUCCAGGGCGCUUCAGCAGUGCACGCACGUGCUUCUCGGGUCGUUGAGGCGGCUCGUUACUUCCAGAAGCUGCUUUGAUGAAUGACCUGUUGUCACGUCACCACGCGUUGAUGAGGAAAGUCUGAACCUGUAAAUAUUUCCUGGGUUUGUUCAGCAGACGUCUGUGCAGCGGGAGGAAGGAAGGCGUUCAGUGGAGACUUCAUUCUUCAUUCAGACUAAAUACGUGUAGACGACAUCUAACGUGCUCUGCUCUUAUUUAAUCAGCUGGUUCUGAGGGCGAAGAACCUUCCCCUGUGGGUCUCGUGUGCAGACGCGGGUUAAAGUGGCUCCGGGUCGUUUCUGGGUUCACGCCUCCAGAUCUGGAGGGAGGAUGAGCUCGGGGCCGUUUUGUCCCCGUUGCUGAUGUUCUGGUGGUUUUGGACAACAGCGAGUUGCCUUUAAAGGUCGACUUAGUUUCCUGCCAUCGCUGCCAAACCGAGGGACACCUGCCAGAGGCCGAGGCAGAGCUCGUGUCCAGCACUGAGGAGAGGUCCUGUUAACGGUCAUCCUGCGGUUCUGACCCGAACCUCUGGCAGCCGUGGCUCCGUUUGCAGCGAGGCUCCGCGUGGCUGAGUUCUCCUUUAACCUGCCUGUUGCCUUUAGUUUCUAAUGUUUCUUGAAAAAAUAUCUACGUAGGUGAAUGAAAACAUAUCAGAGGUCGUGUGAGACUCUUUGGAUAAUAUCAGAUUAUUUAAGGAGAUUUUAUCAGCUAUAGCUUUAAAUGAGACUUGAUUACGUUUGUUUUUCUUAAGAAGAGAAACCAUUUUGUAAAUAGUUUGAUUCUUUCAGUUGGUUUUUGGGUUUUUUGAUGAAAUGGGUUGAUUAUAAAAUUAAAAUGAAAAAAAUGGGUCUCACUUCUUCCCAGUGAGGCACUUUUCUGUUGGUGGAUUCUUUUGUAGUCAUUUCCAGUCGAUAUGUAAUAUCAGCUCAUGUAAAUAGAAGAGAAGCUUUUGAAUCUUCGUUUCUGUCAUCAUCAUUCUCUGCACAUGUUCUACGGUUUCUAUGACGAUGCUUAUGUGGAAUAGGCAUGUUUACAGAGUUUUAUCCAGGACUCCAGUUUAUUUUCGAUGAGUGAAGGUUUGGUUUGAAUGUUUUCAUGGCUGGAAAAACUUUACACUUUUCUAUGUUUACUUUGGUUUUAUUGUCUCACACCACUUUUACACCAACACCACGUUCUGUUAACAGUGAACUGUCAAUAAAGUCAAGACGUAGUCCAA